CAAUGUGGUGGGGAUGAUGAAACACUGCUAACAUUGCAGCAUAGGGCCUGAGCAAUCCUCUAUGUCUACCAUUCUUGGGUUUCUAUGAACUCUAAAUAACAAUUUACUUUGAGUGUUUUAGGCAACCAAUAAUACAGUUUUUUGACAAUUAUUUUGUUAACUGAGACAUAACCUCAUAUUCAAUAUCUAAUUUCAGCAUAGCACAGUGCUCUAGAUACCGAUUUGCAUAAAAACCCAAACAACAAAAUAACGAAAAUGGUCCUUUCUGAUGGUGCUAAACAGCGAUUGUCGCUCGUGAUUGAGUUAACAAAGACUGUUUUCCAUUACAGUUUUAUCCCCACUGUACUUUAUUUGGGAUUUCGAAAAGGUGCUGAUCCAGGAAUGCCUGAAAUUUCGUUGGCUAAUUUACUGUGGUAGAUGUUACAAUAAUGUUAGAAUUUUGUAGUAGAGAAAUAAAUGUUCAAUAAAAAUAAAAUUAUUUAAUAAAUAA